AUGGCGCCAAAGGAUACGGCGGUGUCGGAGACCUCUACGCGGUCUCGCUAUAUCAAAAAGGGCAAGACUUUAGAGAAUGACAUUGAGCUACAGUCGGUGACGCCAGCCACCGGGGAGUUCCCCGAGGACCACACGGAAGAGGGCGACUACCAGGAGACGGAGGUCAAGAGGGCGCUGAAGGCGCGGCACAUCUCGAUGAUCGCGCUGGGCGGGACGAUAGGCACAGGCCUGUUCAUUGUGAUUGCAUCCCCGCUGCGGACAGCGGGGCCAGUGGGGUCGCUGUUGGCGUACAUCUUCAUCGGUACGGUGGUGUACUCGAUCACGCAGUCGCUGGGGGAGAUGGCGACGUUCAUUCCUGUGACGUCGUCGGUGACGGUAUUUUCAAAGCGGUUUCUGUCGCCUGCGUUUGGCGUGGCAAACGGGUAUAUGUACUGGUUCAACUGGGCGAUCACGUUUGCUGUCGAGCUUUCUGUGGUUGGCCAGAUCAUACAGUACUGGACGGACCGCGUGCCAAUCGCGGCGUGGAUUGUGAUUUUCUGGGUCCUGGUGACGCUAGUUAACUUCUUCCCGGUGCGCUUCUACGGUGAGAUAGAGUUCUGGAUUGCGUCGGUCAAGGUGCUGACGAUUGUGGGCUAUCUAAUUUACGCGUUCAUUAUUGUCUGUGGCGGCUCCAAGCAGGGCCCAAUCGGCUUCCGCCACUGGCGGGAUCCCGGCCCGUGGGGCAAGGGCGUCAUCUCGCACAACCAGAAAGAGGCACGCUUCCUCGGCUGGGUCUCGUCGCUGAUCAAGGCUGCGUUUACGUACCAGGGGACAGAGCUUGUCGGUAUCACUGCAGGUGAGUCCACGAACCCAAGAAAGAACGUCCCCAAGGCCAUCAACAAGGUCUUCUUCCGGAUUCUAUUCUUCUACAUUGGCUCACUGCUAUUCGUUGGCCUGCUGGUGCCCUACGAUGACCCUCGGUUAAACAGCGAGUCUAGCACGGACGUCAAUGCCUCACCAUUUGUGAUCUCCAUUAAGAAUGCAGGUACAAAGAUUUUGCCCGACAUCUUUAACGCUGUCGUGCUGAUCACCGUCAUUUCCGCAGCGAACUCCAACGUUUACAUUGGCUCUCGUGUUGCAUACUCUCUGGCGCUCGCUGGCAACGCUCCCAAGCAGCUUGCCUUCGUCACCAAGCAGGGUGUGCCCUACUUCGGCGUUCUGAUCACGUCGCUAAUGGGCCUGAUGUCCUUCCUCGUGCUCAACCACAACGCCAGCACCGCAUUCGACUGGCUGGUUAACAUUUCCACCCUUGCAGGCUUGUGCGCCUGGCUUUUCAUCUCGCUCGCCCACAUCCGCUUCAUGCAGUGCCUCAAGCAUCGCGGCAUUUCGCGCGACGACCUGCCGUUCAAGGCCAAGUUCAUGCCCUGGGCCGCAUACUACGCAACCUUCUUUGUCACGGUCAUCAUCUUCAUCCAGGGCUACACUGCCUUCACUCCGAAGUUCGACGUUACCACCUUCUUCACCUCCUACAUCUCUCUAUUUUUGAUGCUGCUGGUGUUCAUCGGCUGCCAGAUCUACUACAAGUGUCGCUUUCUGUGGGCGGUUGAGGACAUCGACAUCGACAGCGACCGCCGCGAGAUCGACGCCAUCGUCUGGGAAGAGGAUGAACCCAAGAACAUUUGGGACAAGUUUUGGUCUGCUGUGGCCUAG